UAUUAAUUUGGAAUUAAUUUAAAAAUAUCGAAGAUAUAUGAUAUAUGGAAAAUUUUAAUCUUAGAACUUGUAUGUUUCACAACAAACUCGUAAUAACUAUUAGAAAAUGCUGCGUGUUUUGUUUCACCAUCUAAUUGUCCAAGUACGUAAUCUUUAGGUAUAGUCGCUAUAACUUAAUUAGAAAUUCAGGUUGUUCAGUUCUUAGCAAAGUUGCGAGGCUUUACCUGUGUGUGUGUGUGUGUGUAGUAACGAGGAGGAGGAGGAGGAGAAAGAGAGAAGGGCACGCUAAAGGAGAAUAAUUACGGCGUUCAUUAUUAUGGCAGGAGGGCAUGUGCGUCUUAUAUACAAUGUUGCGUCGCGACACAAAGAAUUGUUUAUGUCCACGGACAUUUCACUAAAUUCGCACAUUUCAUCUAAGCGUUGAUUAUUUCUCUCAUAUUUCUGAUGAUGACCACGCAAAGAAGAAGCAUUUGGGAAACUCACUGUUAUGCGAUACUCAGAUUGUAUAUGACAUUAGUGGGAAUAUGGCCAUAUCACACGAUCGGCACUAAAUGUUUGCGUUUCGUGACAACGUUUACAUUCUCCUUCAGUAUCCUUAUACCCCAGGUGCUAUAUCUGCUAAACGGUUCAAUCGGCAUUGACGAUAUAUUCGAGUGCGUGGCGUCGAUGGCAAUCACUAUAUUAUUGAGCUUUAAGUUAGUGCUUAUGAUGAUAAACGAUAAGAAAAUAAAAGCUUGUUUUAAAAGGAUAGAGGAAGAUUGGUUGUCGCUGAACACAGAUACCGAGAAGGCUAUCUUGCGACAGUACACUGAAUAUGGACAAUAUCUAACGAAAUUUUACGCGAUAAUCAUGCUUGUUCCGGCUUUGUCCCACAUACUUAGGCCUUUUAUCAUGACGCUAUUGAAAAACGAUAUCGAGAACAUAACAAAAUCAUGGAUACCAGGAGCGUCAAAAUUACCCUAUCGCGUCGAGUACGGUGAGAAAUUGAAUCAGCAUUUUUAUUUGAUAAUGCUCCACUGUUGUCUAGCUGUAUUCGCUCACCUUAUCGCCACGGUCGCGGUUAACGGUUUCUAUUAUACUGCGAUCCAGCAUGCCUGCGGCAUGUUUUCGAUUAUCGGACACAUGUUGGAGAACAUUGGCAAAAAUGAUGACGCCAAUUUUCAUUUAGAAGUAAAAAAAGUAAAAGAUGACAAUUAUAACAUGGCACUGAACUGCUUGCGUAGGCAUCUUCGCGUAUUAGAAUUUGCUAAAUUGAUCGAGUCCAUAUUUACGAAUAUGUUUCUAUUAAGCGUAAAUAUGUAUAUGCUUGUGGGCAGUUUAUGCGGUAUACAGGUGAUAAUGAAUUUAAACAAUUCAGGCAAUAUUGCAGCACCUUUAACUGUUUAUUUUGCGCAACUCGCUCAUCUCUUUCUACAAUUUUGGCAGGGCCAAUUCCUAUUGAGCUUCAGCGAUGUUCCAUAUGAAUCUAUUUGCAGAGGAAGAUGGUAUUGUACUUCGCGAAAAUGUAAGAAGAUUCUUCUUCUAAUUAUGAGCAGAACCAUGUUACCUUGCAAAAUAACUGCCGGCAAAAUCAUGACUUUAUCAAUCGAAAGUUUUAGCGCGGUUCUGAAAACGUCGAUAUCUUAUUUUACGGUUCUGCGUUCCUUCCAGUGAUAAUGUUAUCAU